GGGCUCACACAUUUCUACCUUUUAAUCGAGUGCUCUGCUCCCACCCCCUCCUCCAUCAUCCCCUUCCUAUAUAAACUCUCCCUCGAGGCCUCGACCAACAGCGUCGGACGAAUCGCGUCCCAGCAGCCUGUGACCUGACCUCACUCUGUCCCUCACAGAAGCCGAUCUGACCAACCAGCUCUCGGCAGCCACACGGCCGGCCAUGGCGGCAACGGCUAGGCAAGCUAGGCGGCCAGCGGCCGGAGUAGCCUUGCUGGCCUUCGCCCUGUGCCUCCUGCCGGCGGUGGCUCGCGCGCAGCUCCGGGUGGGGUUCUACGACACCACCUGCCCAAACGCCGAGGCGCUGGUCCGCCAGGCCGUCGCCGCCGCCUUCGCCAAGGACGCCGGCGUCGCCGCGGGGCUCAUUCGCCUCCAUUUCCAUGACUGCUUUGUCAGGGGCUGUGACGGUUCGGUCCUCCUGACAGUGAACCCCGGCGGCGGGCAGACGGAGCGCGACGCCGCCCCGAACAAGCCGAGCCUCCGCGGCUUCGAGGUGAUCGACGCCGCCAAGGCCGCCGUGGAGCGGAGCUGCCCGCGCACCGUCUCCUGCGCCGACAUCGUCGCCUUCGCCGCCCGCGACAGCAUCAGCCUCACCGGCAGCGUCUCGUACCAGGUCCCCGCUGGCCGGCGCGACGGCCGCGUGUCCAACAAGUCGGAGACCGUCGACCUGCCCCCGCCCUCGUCCACGGCGAAGAACCUCACCGACCUGUUCGCCGCCAAGAACCUCAGCGUGGAGGACAUGGUCGUCCUCUCCGGCGCCCACACCGUCGGCCGCUCCUUCUGCAACUCCUUCGUCGGCCGCGUCUGGAACCAGACCGCGACGCCCCCCGCCGCCAUCGUGGACGCGGGGCUGAGCGCGUCGUACGCGGCGCUGCUGCGCGCGCUGUGCCCGGCGAACACGACGCAGGAGACGCCGAUCACGACGGCCAUGGACCCCGGGACGCCCAACGUGCUGGACAACAACUACUACAAGCUGCUGCCCCGCGGCAUGGGGCUCUUCUUCUCCGACAACCAGCUGCGCGUGGACCCGCGGAUGGCCGCGCUGGUGGGCAGCUUCGCGGCCAACGAGACGCUGUGGAAGGAGAAGUUCGCGGCGGCGAUGGUCAAGAUGGGCCGCACCCAGGUGCAGACGGGGGCCUGCGGGGAGGUCCGGCUCAACUGCAGCGUCGUCAACCCGGCGUCCUCGUCGUCGUCCAUCGAGCUGGCUUCCAGCACGCCGGCCGUCGACGAGGAUGGCGUCGCCACGAGCUAAAACUGAUGACAUGCCUCUCCGGCCGCCGCCGUCGUCGAUCGAUUCAAGAUUUGCGCACGUUUCAUUUCAUUUCUAGCUUGAUUUUGUGGCCUGGACACUGUUUGUUUUUGCUAGGCUUUUGGACGUGACGGUGAGCAUCUGCGCGCGUCUCCUAUAUAGUCUGCACCUGAACUUUCAGUGGUCGACUAAUAAUAAGCACGUACGCGCGUGUUUCGUGUUGUUGUCACGAUACUGUUGGUCUGAUGAUCGAUGAACAUGAGAGUUUGUUACUUCCAUUGUCAUAUUAUAGGUCGAUUUUCACACUGCUA